CAAGCAUUUGCCCCUGUCAGUCAGUAUGACUGCCCCCCUUCUUCUCAGCUUACUUCUUUUUCUGUCGUUCUCAGAUUAGUCUUGUCUGUGCCUCCAUCAUAGACCAGUUACUGACGGCUCUCUGCUCAGAGUAUUACGGCAGUCUUAAUUCAGCUUACAUUCUACACUGGACUAAAAGACACUGGGUGACUCCAGUUUCAAGCUUUCACUGGGAUAUUCUUUUCAGGACAUUGGAGGAAGUAUCUAGAUCUAAACUGGAUCUAUAACCUCUGGACAGGACCUUAAAUUUCUGGAUGCUCAGUACUUGGGUCCAUUAACGAUUGUCCUGGUGAACGACUGUGUAACUCUGACUGGGGUUGAAUCCUUCAGGCUGUGUGUGUUUUGGGUAGACAGGUACAAAAGCUGCAGUACUGGACUCCUGCAGUGAUUCCAGGUUAUUUCCACUUUAGUUGACUAAAUUUUGGCUGCAAACAUGGCCUCAUUAAGAAGUUUGAUCCUUGCAAUGCUGCUUGCACUACUCUGCUCCUUCCACACCCCACUGGCACCCACUGCAAAGGCCCAAGAUCUGCCAUUCCACUCUGAGGAGGGUCUAAUGGCUGAUGAUGACGACGAUGAUGACGAUGAUGACGAUGAUGACGACGAUGACGAUGAUGACGAUGAUGACGAUGAUGAUGAUGACGACGAUGACGACGAUGACGACGACAAUGACGACGAUGACGACGAUGACGACGAUGAUGACGAUGACGACGACGACGACGAUGAUGAUGACGACGAUGAUGACGAUGAUGAUGACGAUGAUGAUGACGACGAUGAUGAUGAUGAUGAUGAUGACGACGAUGAUGAUGACGACGAUGAUGAUGACGACGAUGAUGACGACGAUGAUGACGACGACGACGAUGACGACGACGAUGAUGAUGACGACGAUGAUGAUGACGACGAUGAUGACGAUGAUGAUGACGAUGACGAUGAUGAUGAUAGUCACGAAGAUGAUGAUGAUGAGAAUGCUUAUCACAAAGGCUCUCUGUGCUCAUAUUGUGAAUUCUGCCAGCACUGUGACAGCUGUGAUAAAUGUCCCUGUGAAGAAGGAGACAAAUCUGAACACUGUGAUGACUGCAAGAUGUGCACUUACUGCAACAUAUGUCCUCUUUGUGAAACUGUUUGCAAGCCUGGAGGACUAGUUGAUGAAGUGACUGGAUCAAUCUACAAGACUGUAGCUGACGUCUUUGAUGAUGAUAACUGAGGCCAACCAUAUGUUGCCACCAUGUGGCCCAACUAAUACAUUUCACCUUCAUUUUCUUUUUUUGAGUACCCUAUACAUUUGAUUAAUAAUGACUGAACAAAAACUGAAAAAUAAGCAAUAAUAUGUGUGUUUACUAUUGUUACUUGUCAAUCCGUACUUUUAAAAUGUUACUUUUAAUUUGCUCUGAAUUAUAUCUAAUAAAAAACUAAAAUAUAUGCUUAGAGAUCAAUGUAUUGGAUAUAAAAUGCUAAAAAGUGAGAAUAUGGUUCCUUGCAUAUCUAGCCCUAACCUAUGAAUUCAGUUUGUCAAAUUACACCCACAAAUUUGAAUCUAUUUAAGUGGAAUUUUACAUGAUGGACCAACACUAAGAGCCACACAAUAUUGAAAUGGAAGGAAAGGUUUGGUUUUCCAAACUUUGUACAAAUAAUAAUACAUUUUCACUACAGUUUGAGACAGUACAUGAUACACUGUUCUAUCAAAAUAAAUGAUAAUCUUAUCCUGCAUAUUGUACUUUUAGCUAACAAUUUUAAUCUUUACCAUGACAUUUCUGAUCUAAACCUUCCAUAUCCUAAAAUCUGUAGUAUAACUGAAACCUUGUUUAGGUCCCCAAAAGGCUAAUGCAUCGAAGGAAAAAAAAAACUUCUUUCCUUACCAAUGUACACAUGUGUAUAUAUAUAUCCUUUUUGGGUAGGGUUAGGGUUGGCUAGCUGCUUCAAUCAUUUCUGCAACUUAAGCUUGACCCUUAAAUUUACUAUUACACGUUUGCACUUCACCUUAUUAGAUAAACCAGAAAUUGUGCAGGCAAAGCAACAAACAUGUUUAGACUGUACUGUAUGUUUAGACUGUAUGUUUAAACUGUGUGUUUAAACAUACAGUUUAUAUUAACUUAUUAUACAGGUUUUGUAUUUGCCAUGUCAAUCUGUGAAACAAUAUAACAAUAUUUGUUUGUGUACAUUGCCUGCAGGACCCAGAGUAACCCAAGGAUAGAGAAUUAUUCUAAAUAAAUUCAAUAUUUGUUACUACACCUGA